AUGUCAUUAUUAGAAGAAUUUACCUUCUCUCAUAUCAGAUUCAGGAAUACAUCUGUGACAUUCCUCAGGGUUUCUACCUACACUUUCUCUCUCUUUUCUCUCUCUUUUCUCUCAUUUGAUUUUUUCUUUUUUUCCUUUUCCUACUUUUUCAUAUUUUUUUUUCCUAUUUUCUCUUUCUUCCUAUUUUCUCUUUCUUUCCUUUUUCUUUUCUUCCUUUUUCUCUUCCUAUUUUCUCUUUCUUCCUAUUUUCUCUUUCUUCCUAUUUUCUCUUUCUUCCUAUUUUCUCUUUCUUCCUAUUUUCUCUUUCUUCCUAUUUUCUCUUUCUUCCUAUUUUCUCUUUCUCUUUUUCUCUCUUUCUUUUUUUCUCUCUCUCUCUUCUCUCUCUUCUCUCUCUCCUUUUUCCUUGCUUCUAGAGCUCAUUAUUUCCUUAUUUCUUUUUUCUUUUCUUUUUCUUUUCUUUUUCUUUUUCUUUUUCUUUUCUUCUUCUUUUCUUCUUCUUUUCUUCUUCUUCUUUUUCUUUUCUUCUUCUUUUUCUUUUCUUUUUCUUUUUCUUUUCUUUUUCUUUUCCUUUUCCUUUUUCUUUUUCUUUUCCUUUUCUUUUCCUUUUUCCUUUUCCUUUUUCUUUUUCUUUUUCUUUUCUUUUUCUUUUUCUUUUCCUUUUCUUUUCUUUUUUGUACUUUUCUGUCUUGUUGGCCAUAUCAAUUUUCUGUAUCUAUCCAAUAUUUAUUUUGGUAUUUCUUGGUUUCUCACUCUGUGCUGCUGCUUUUUUCCACUCAUUUUGUGACUUUUCUCUCUCUUCUGUAUGUGUUAUUUCUCUCGCUUUUUCUGUGUGUCCCAUUUCUCUCUCUCUCUCUCUCUCCCCCACCUCCUGUAUGUGCCGUUUCUCUCUCUCUCUCUCCCCCACCUCCUGUAUGUGCCGUUUCUCUCUCCCCCACCUCUCUCUCCCCCCCUCCUGUGUAUGUGUUUCUCUCUCUCCCCACCUCCUCUCUCCCCCCCCACCUCCUGUAUGUGCCGUUUCUCUCUCUCCCCACCUCCUCUUUCUCUCCCCCCCCUAUGUGCCUCUCUCUCCCCACCUCCUGUUCUCUUUCUCUCUCCCCCCACCUCCUGUAUGUGCCGUUUCUCUCUCUCUCCCCCACAUCCUGUAUGUGCCGUUUCUCUCUCUCUCCCCCUCCCUGUAUGUGCCGUUUCUCUCCCUCCCCCACCUCCUGUAUGUGCCGUUUCUCUCUCUCCCCCCACCUCCUGUAUGUGCCGUUUCUCUCUCUCUCUCCCCCACCUCCUGUAUGUGCCGUUUCUCUCUCUCCCCCCACCUCCUGUAUGUGCCGUUUCUCUCUCCCCCCACCUCCUGUUGUCUCUCUCUCUCCCCCACCUCCUGUAUGUGCCGUUUCUCUCUCUCUCCCCCACCUCCUGUAUGUGCCGUUUCUCUCUCUCCCCCACCUCCUGUAUGUGCCUGUCUCUCCCCCACCCUCCUGUUUCUCUCUCUCUCUCUCCCCCUCCUGUAUGUGCCGUUUCUCUCUCUCCCCCACCUCCUGUAUGUGCCGUUCUCUCUCUCCCCCCACCUCCUGUAUGUGCCGUUUCUCUCUCUCCCCCCCCUCCUGUAUGUGCCGUUUCUCUCUCUCUCCCCCCCCUCCUGUAUGUGCCGUUUCUCUCUCUCCCCCCACCUCCUGUAUGUGCCGUUCCCCCCACCUCCUGUAUCUCUCUCUCCCCCCACCUCCUGUAUGUGCCGUUCUCUCUCUCUCCCCCCCCCACCUCCCCCCACCUGUAUGUGCCGUUUCUCUCUCCCCCCCACCCCUGUAUGUGCCGUUUCUCUCUCUCCCCCACCUCCUGUAUGUGCCGUUUCUCUCUCUCCCCACCUCCUGUAUGUGCCCACCUCCUGUAUGUGCCGUUUCUCUCUCUCCCCCCCUCCUGUAUGUGCCUGUUUGUCUCUCCCCCCCCAACCUCCUGUUUCUCUCUCUCCCCCCACCUCCUGUAUGUGCCGUUUCUCUCUCUCCCCCCCCCCCCUCCUGUAUGUGCCGUUUCUCUCUCUCCCCCCCAUCCUGUAUGUGCCGUUUCUCUCUCUCCCCCAACCUCCUGUCUCUCUCUCCCCCACCUCCUUCUCUCUCUCUCUCCCCCAACCUCCUGUAUGUGCCGUUUCUCUCUCCCCCAACCUCCUCCCCCAACCUCCUCCUGUAUGUGCCUUUUCUCUCUCCCCCCCCCCCAACCUCCUGUAUGUGCCCUUUCUCUCUCUCCCCCAACCUCCUGUAUGUGCCGUUUCUCUCUCCCCCCAACCUCCUGUAUGUGCCCGUUUCUCUCUCUCCCCCCCCAACCUCCUGUAUGUGCCGUUUUCUCUCUCCCCCCCCAACCUCCUGUAUGUGCCGUUUCUCUCCCCCAACCUCCUCCCCCCCUCUCUCCCCCCCAACCUCCUGUAUGUGCCGUUUCUCUCUCUCUCCCCCCAACCUCCUGUAUGUGCCGUUUCUCUCUCUCUCCCCCCCAACCUCCUGUAUGUGCCGUUUCUCUCUCUCCCCCCCAACCUCCUGUAUGUGCCGUUUCUCUCUCCCCCCAACCUCCUACGCACUCCUGGCUGACCUCCAGUCCACUACUGCACAUAUUUCGUCAUUUCAGCAACAGGUGGAACGAGAUCAAGCCAAUCAACGUUCUAACACAGCAAGUUCACAAUCCUCACCUAGGAAUUCUACACCAUCUCCCCUUCCACCUCAUCCAUCAGGAGAGCAGGAUAUAUUUCAUAUUUAUUAUUGCUAUAACACAUCCACAUCUUCAUUGUGUGAUAAAAAAUGUUUCUUCUUUGUCUUUUUUUCUCUAUCCUUUCAUUCUCUCUCUUUUCACUUGUUUUUUGUCUCACACCUCUCAUUUUCUGCCCUCUCUCUACUCUCUCAAAUCUUUCUCCCUCUUCUCUCUGCCCUCCCCCUCCCUCUCUCUGCCCUCCCCCCCCCUCUCCCCUCCCUCUUCUCUCUGCCCUCCCUCUUCUCUCUGCCCUCCCUCUUCUCUCUGCCCUCCCUCUUCUCUCUGCCCUCCCCUUCCCUCUUCUCGUUCGUUCUUUCUUCUCUCUUGUUCUCUCUCUCUUCUUGUUCUCUCCGCUCUCUUUUUCAUCUUAAUCCCUCUUUACUCUCUCUCCCCUCUUUUUUCUCUCUCUCCCCUCUUUUUUUCUCUCCCCUCUUUUUUCUCUCUCUCCCCUCUUUUUUCUCUCUCUCCCCUCUUUUUUCUUUCUCUCCCCUCUUUUCUCUCCCCUCUUUUCUCUCUCUCUCUCUUCUCUCCCCCUUUUUCUCUCUCUCUCCUCUCUCCCCUCUUUUCUCUCCCUCUUUCUCUCUCUCUCUCUUCUCUCUCUUUUCUCUCCCCUCUUUUCUCUCUCUUUUCUCUCCCCUCUUUUCUCUCUCUUUUCUCUCCCCUCUUUUCUCUCUCUUUUCUCUCCCCUCUUUUCUCUCUCUUUUCUCUCUCUCUUUUCUCUCUCUUUUCUCUCUCUCUUUUCUCUCUCUUUUCCUCUCUCUCUUUCUCUCUCUCUUUUCUCUCUCUCUUUCCUCUCUCUCUUUCCUCUCUCUCUCUCUCUCUUUCUCUCUCUCUUUCUCUUUCUCUCUCUCUCUCUCUCUUUUCUCUCUCUCUUUUCUCUCUCUCUUUCUCUCUCUUUCUCUCUCUCUUUCCUCUCUUUUCUUUCCUCUCUUUGCUCUUUUCUCUCUCUCUUUGCUCUUUUCUCUCUCUUUUUCCUCUUAUUUUCUCUCUUUUUCCUCUUAUUUUCUCUCUCUUUUUCCUCUUAUUUUCUCUCUCUUUUUCCUCUUAUUUUCUCUCUCUUUUUCCUCUUAUUUUCUCUCUCUUUUUCCUCUUAUUUUCUCUCUCUUUUUCCUCUUAUUUUCUCUCUCUUUUUCCUCUUAUUUUCUCUCUCUUUUUCCUCUUAUUUUCUUUUCUCUCCUCCUUUUAUCUUUUUUUUUCUCUCCUCCUUUUAUCUUUUUUUUUCUCUUGUACUUUAUUGCUGGACGGUCAGGUGUAAAGCAACACAUUAUACAAGAAAACUCAAGCCACCAACAGCAACAACACAGCUAUAGCAGUGAGCGAGUGUCCAGUGGCAGCAGCACAGCUACCUAUCAUCAAGAGAGAAGCAGCUCAAGUUCAACACACUCACAGUCCAGUCUGCAAGGAGUCAGCCCUGUCCACUAUAACAGCAAGCCCCUUAGCUCACCCAGCACCAAUACCAGUGUCGGUUCAAGUACCAUCGGCCAGAUGUCUUCAACAGUUAAUAGUAACCUUUCGGAGUUGGAUCAGCUCCUUCAAGAUCUCAACUCAGCCCAGUUUAUUGAUCAGGUCAACCGUAGAAAUGCAUCUACCAACCAAAAUCAAAUGGUGAAUGGUAACAGUCAGAGAGUUGUCUCAGCACCUGUACCUCCUUCACCUACCUCCACCACUGUACCACCUGGCCAACCCCCAGUUGGACCCAAACCCACUCGUGUUGAAAGCUCCAAUAGGUGUCAAAUGAAUCCUCUUCUACAUGAAAUGGAAAAUGUUGUUCCCCCUCCUAUGGGUGAAACAGAGGAGCGUGCAUUACCCAAAGUCAAUGUUUCAUUGCCGCCACUUACCAAGCUCCCCGGAGAACCUGUGACACCACCAUUUCCCGUUCCUCAUGUGGGAUUUGGGAACAUGCCGCGGGAGUCAACAUAUGAUUGCCCUGCUGACUUUAGAACAUCCGACGUGAAAUCCGUGGAGGCCAUGUCAAGCAGGUUGGAUAAAAAAAAAAUUAAAACAACCUCCACUUCACCAUCACCAAAUCAGCCCAAUUCUCCCUCCUCCUUGAGAAAGAAUUGA